GCUCAGGGAGCGCACGGCGCGGCGAUCGGCAGUGCGCUGUGUCCCUCGGACACAGCGGAUCACCGAUCACGGAAAGAGCCGAAGAUGUCGGUUCGGUCAUGUGAUCAGCUGUGUCCAAUCACAGCUGAUCACAUGGCACUGAUGAUCAGUGUAGCCCCAGCAGUGCCACCUGUCAGUGUCCAUCAGUGCCUUGUGUCGGUGCUCAUCAGUGCCACAUAUCAGUGCCUACCAAUGCACAUCGAUGCCACAUAUCAGUGCCCAUCUGAGCUGCCUUUCAGUGUCACCCAUCAGUGCCGUCUAUCAGUGCCGCCUAUCAGUGCUGUGUCAGUGUCGCCUAACAGUGCCAGUCAGUGCAGCCUUUCAGUGCCCAUCAGUGAUGCCCGUCAAUGCCCAUCAGUG